AUGGACAACCAAUUUCGCGUUAGCAUCGUUGGUUGCGUCUGGUCGCACGAAAUCUGGGCCAUCCUCAAAACCUAUUUCUCUUCCCAAACGAAAACGCGAAUCAAGCAGCUUCGCAUUCAACUUCGCAACACCAAGAAGCAAGGGUCAAUCAGCGAGUAUUUGGUCCAGAUUAAGCAGAUCGUAGAAGCCCUUGGCGCAAUCGACUCUCCCUUAAUAGAUGAAGAACACAUUGAUGAGAUUUUUUAUGGUCUCCCUGAAGAAUAUGAUGGGCUCAUCACCUCGUGUCUCACGCGAUCUGAACCCUUCACUAAGUCUAUCUAUGGGCUCAAGCAGGCACCAAGAGCCUGGUUUUCCAAGCUUGCAUCUAGUCAGAUUUCUUUUGGGUUUAAGCCAACUAGGUGUGAUACAUCUCUGUUUGUGCAUGCUACACCAAAAUUUAUCACCUAUAUUCUGGUUUAUGUUGAUGAUAUCAUUAUAACAGACAGCUCCACCUAUGCAGUCCAAUCUGUGAUUUCUAAACUUCACUCUUUGUAUCCUUUCAAAGACCUAGGCACCUUACAUUUCUUUCUAGGCAUCGAAGCCAACUACACCAUUAUUGGGGCUCUUCUCCUAUCUCAAUCCAAAUAUAUCACUGAUCUUUUAGCCAAAGUCAAUAUGCAUAAUGCCAAACCCAUAAAGACUCCUCUGGCCCCUGGUUCAAAAUUGCAUAUGGAUGGUACAAAUGCCUUUUCUGACCCAACUCUCUACAGAUCUGUAGUUGGAGCCCUGCAAUAUGCCACCAUCACUCGUCCAAAUAUAUCUUAUGCAGUAAAUAAGCUUUGUCAGUUUAUGCACAGCCUUCUUGAAAGUCAUUGGAAAGCCAUAAAACGUGUACUCAGAUAUCUCAAUGGCACAGUUGAUCAUGGUUUAACUUUUUAUCCUUCCCAGCAUCUCUUCAUCACUAGCUAUAGUGAUUCAGAUUGGGCUUGUGACUCAUCUGACAUGCGGUCCACCUCAGGCUUCUGUGUUUAUUUAGGAAACAAUCUUGUGUCAUGGCUUGCAAAGAAGCAACAGUCAGUCUUUAGGUCCAGCACUGAGGCAGAAUUCAGAAGUUUAGCAGCUCUAGUUGCUGAAAUUAAAUGGCUCUAG